CCUGUUCUUCCUGUCCGUCUUGCUACUCCUCAUGAUUGAUGUGAUGUUAUGGAAAACAUUCAUUGCCUCUGGCAGAAAAAGAAAAUUCUGAAAGUGCUUACGGACGAGGAAUUGCGUUUCAUAUUGGAGAACCGUGUAAGGAUACAUGUAACGAUAUUCUACACCCCAUUUAUUGCAACACUACCAGUAACCGGUGCGAGUGCAAACAACACUAUCCCGUUAAUGUUAACAACAAGGACUGUGUCAAGGCUGUAAAAUUAUGGAGGAGCUGUAAGUAUAGUGAAUCCUGUACCUUUUACGAUGAGAACGCCAUCUGUAAUGAAGAUGGAGAAUGUCGGUGUGAGGAUGGGUUUCGGAAUCAUAUCGUAGACGGAGAAGAACAGUGCGUUCAUGAUGGAAGGAGCGGGAUCUUGGAAAAUUCCGACAUCAUUACCGUUAUCAUGGUGGUCUCUGGAGUAAUGAUCGGGACUGCCCUUUUCUGUCUAGUUCUUAGACUUUUCAGCAGAGCGAGAUUCGGUAGAAAUAGGGCAAGAUUUGGUAACGCAGCAGCGCCCUCUGUAGUCUUGACUGGAAUGGAGGUACCACUUUCAGUACCACAUUCACGUCGACCAUCAAGAUGCAGCAGCUGUAAUGAACAACUUCCACGGUCAAGAAGGGCAAGCUAUUCUAUGCUAGCGCCCCCUAUGUCUUCAGGGUCCCGUCGAGCAAGCUCUGUUUCCCAGGCAUCAGUGCGAAGUCAGGUGACUUCUUUUCAUAGCCAAACACCACUUGAAAGUAAUCGUGAUCCGGUUAGACGUACUUUUUCAUCACCAGUAGAUGCGACAACAUCAAAGUACGAUCAUCUUGAUCUCAAGACCGCAGAAGAUGCAGGAAGAACGGCGGCGUCAACGCCAGAAGAACCAAUAAGAAGUGAGCAGAAAAAUUAUAAAUGAAUAAUUAUUACACUGCAAUAAAAUAAAAUACAAAAUGAUAAAACUAAGGAAAAAGAACAGCAGUGCAAAGCUCCGCAUUUUGACGGAAAAUAUUUUAAGGAAACUCAUUAAAAAAAACGGAAUUUUUUCCGUAAUUUUAGUGUUUUUUUUUUAAAUGAAUAUCUUUACUGUACAAAAUAAUAAUAAUAAUAAGCACACGUUCUCAGAGAUAUAAGCAACAAUCUGACAAAUCCCAGACAUAUCAGAUCGGCGAUCAAGAUUUCCUGGAAUACUUGUAUUGGAAAUGUGAAACAAGUGUACAGUUGUUAAUCGUUCGCUUCUUUGACCUUUGAACUUACAGGUCAUGAACUUUUUACGUGUGUAUGUUUUCAAUGUAUUUGAGGUAUUACAUGCACGGCUCUUAAUAAAUCUUACUUUCCCGAGUGUCAAAAAUUUAACAAACUUUGCAAGUUA